AACAAAGAUGGCGGCGGGGCCGUGGCAGUAGGAGCCGGGUCGGCUCUGGGCGCUGGUUCUGAGGGGACUAUUUUGCCUUCACAAUGUUUGGGGACUUAUUUGAAGAGGAUUUUUCCUUUAUUUCAAACAAUCAUUAUGGAAGAGGCAAGAAAUCAAAGCCCAGGGAUUCUGAGCCUCCAGCUCCCAGGGAUUUCACCAACCUAAGUGGUAUCAAAAAUCAGGGUGGGACCUGCUACCUCAAUUCACUCUUGCAGACUCUGCUUUUCACGCCUGAAUUUAGAGAAGCACUGUUCUCACUAGGACCUGAAGAACUUGGCACUCUGGAUGAUAGCAGUAAACCAGAUACAAAGGUUCGAAUAAUUCCAUUACAACUUCAACGGUUAUUUGCUCAGCUUCUGCUCUUGGACCAGCAAGCUGCAUCUACAACAGACCUUACUGAGAGCUUUGGGUGGAACAGCCAUGAGGAAAUGAGGCAGCAUGAUGUGCAGGAAUUGAAUCGGAUUCUGUUCAGUGCAUUGGAAACUUCCCUUGUGGGGACUUCAGGUCAUGACCUCAUUAAUCGUUUGUAUCAUGGGAUUGUUGUCAACCAGAUCGUUUGUAAAGAAUGCAAGAACAUCAGUGAGAGACAGGAAGAUUUCUUGGACCUAACAGUGGCUGUAAAGGGUGUUGCUGGCUUGGAGGAGGCCCUAUGGAAUAUGUAUGUAGAAGAAGAGUACUUUGAAAAUGAGAACUUGUAUCGAUGUGGAGCCUGUGAUAAACUUGUUGAAGCCUCAAAGUCUGCUAAGCUCCGCAAGCUGCCUCCUUUUCUCACCAUUUCUCUCCUGAGAUUUAACUUUGAUUUUGAGAAGUGUGAACGAUACAAGGAAACAAGCUGCUAUACAUUCCCCAUCCAGAUAAAUCUGAGGCCUUUCUGUGAACAGACUGAAAUGGAUGAUUCAGAGUACAUGUAUGAGCUCUUCUCUGUUAUUAUACAUAAAGGUGGCUGCUAUGGAGGACACUAUCAUGUUUAUAUCAGAGAUGUGGAUGAAUUGGGAAACUGGCAGUUACAAGAAGAAGAGGAUAAGCUAAUUGAAGAUAAGGCUUCAAGAGAUUCCAAAAAUGCCAAAGAAACAGAAAAUCCGUUGGCAGUGCUGAAAGGGAUUUUAUCAGAGGAAGAAUCUGAACAAAUUCCUGUGGAUCAAUUGCGGCAGAAAUUACUGGAGAAAAGAGGGGUGUCCUGGAAUAAGAAAUACCGGAAACAGCACGGAGCACUACGGAAGUAUUUGCAGAAUCAUCCUCAGAUAUUUCAGUUGAGUCCUGAUGAAAAUAAGGUUGGACUGAAGGACAAACACAAGCUCCCUUUUAAGUCCGAUUCUCAAGGACAAGAUCUCCAAAGCCCUCCUCAGAAGAACAAUGUCCACUGGAAUUCAGAAGAAAACUCUACAAGGCUAAAGGACAGUUCUUCUGGUUGCCAUUGGUUUGAUCUGAAUGAUUCAAAAGUCCAGCCAAUUGAGGAGAAGGAUAUUGAAAAACAAUUUCAGGGUAAAGAGAGUGCCUACAUGCUGUUUUAUCGAAAAUCCCAAUUAAAAAGACCACUUGAAGCUCGAGGAAAUCCAAGGUACCAAAUUCCUGAACACCUUCUGAAUGAAAUGAAUGCUGCUAAUACUGAGCUGCAAAAAAAGAGAGCGGAAUGUGACUCAGCAAACAAUGGCAUUGAUAUACAUCUCCAUUUGGGCUCAUGCUACAAAUUCCACAAUGGGGCUUUGCAUCCUUUGCUUACUUGGAAAGAGAGUGUUGUAGAUUUGACUAUUGAUAGAAGAAAAACACUAGGAGACCUUCGGCAAUCAAUAUUCCAGAUGUUAGAAUCUUGGGAAGGAGACAUAGUGCUCAAUAUUGCCAAGCCUUUACCAGCAGGACUGCAUCUUUACCAGGUGCUUGAUGGAGAUGAGCUGACACUGAAUGGCAUUGGGCUGACUGAUGGAGCAGACAUCUUUGUCUGGAAUGGGAAGGAGGUUGGUGGCACAAAGCUGAUGACAGGCCCUGAUCAUGAACCUUUGGUUGUGAAUGUUCUUCGUUUAGCGGAGUAUAACGAAGGAGGGAAGGGUCAGCAUUUCACAGAAUCACAGCAUGUCUUUUCAUGCAGCACUAAGCUGGGUGAUCUCCACAGAGCCUUAGCACCAUCAGGAGGUAUCAUUCUCAAGAACAGCUCAGGACUAGAUAAAGACGCCAAGAACUGGGAAGUUUUCCUUGAAAAAGAUAUGACGGAAACACUGAAAAGUGUUGGUCUGACAGAUGGAUGCUCAGUACUAAUCCUAGACAGCCAUGACCAGAGCUUCGUCGAUGUGUCAAGUGGCAAUUUGACAGCUUUCACAUAUGAUAUCAGCUGGCUCCAAGUGAAAAACUGUUGUGGAAGGGAAGAUGAAGAGAAGCAUGUUAAAAUUACUGCCACAAUUGAAACAGUGAUGUCAGAUAUCAAAAUGAAAGCAAUACGGGAGCUUCAGCUUGAGGAGGAACUAGCAGAUAACAGUUGUCUGAGACCUGUUAGUGCAAAUGGGAAACUUCUGUCUCCAGUUCCUGAAGAUUAUACUGUCAAGGAAGCAGAACUGAAAAUGGGGAGCUUGUUAGAACUGUGUCAUGGGAAAGCUCCAACUUCCACUCAGCUCUUCUUGUAUUUUAUUGUUGGGAGUGAACAAAAUGCAAGCCCUGAGAUGGAGAUAGUUGUGGAAGAGACUGCUUCUGUCAAAGAGUGUCUCAACUUAAUGCUGGAAAAAUCUGGAUUAUCAGGUGACAACUGGCAUUUGAGAAGGAUUGACUGGUGCUAUGAAGCAGGAGAAGCAUUAAGUCAGGAAAAUGCCACUUUGAAGGAACUUAAUGUUUGCAGAGGAGAUACUUUGGUUAUAGCUGAAGGAAAGCUUCCACCAAAGGGUUUCCUGAAAAUACCCAUCUGGUGGUUCAAGUCUUCAGGUCAUAAAAACCACAGAGAGAAUGUACAGGACCUAGUGAAUGGGGUGACCUGCAAGAUGGAUGCUUUGCAGGUGUCUCCUGCAGGAGAUUCACCAGAAUACAUCCACACAGGCAUGGAUCUUUGUUAUGCUGGCAGUAUAGAAAUAGCAGGAGAAGCUUCUCUGGAAGAUCUGAAGAUUCAGGCUUUGACCUUACCAUGCUGCCAGGAGCAGGUUGUGCCCCUGCCCUCAUUUCUCAGAGCAUGGACAGUGGACAGCAAGCGCCCAGGCAAGCUGCUGCGGAACAACAAGCAGCAGCUCAGGGACUAUAAGCUGGGUGGGAGAGUGGAAAUCUGCAUCGAACCUUUGCAAAAAGAAGAACACUUGGGCCCCCAUGAACUGCUGCUUCGAGUCCAGAUGGGCAUACCAGGGGAGAGGGACUACUAUGAGCCCACUGAUUUGGUGUGGGAUAUCUCCAAAGAAUGCACAGCCUGGGCACUGAGGCAUCGAGUGGCUUCUCACUACUGUCUCCCUGUGGAUAAAAUUGAGAUAGCCAAAUACUUCCCUGAGAAAUUUGAGUGGCUGCCAAUAUCUAGCUGGACACAGCAAAUUUCAAAGAGGAAACGGAAGAAAAAACAGGAGAGUUUGCAGUCAGCACCUUACCACCUGAAAGAUGGAGAUAUCAUUGGGGUGAAGAAUCUUUUCCUUGAUGACACUAAGGAUUUCAGCACAGUGAAAGAUGACAUCGGAAAACAAAGAAACAAAGAGAAGCUGUCAUUAGAAAGUAAGAAAAGUCAGCCAGCAGAAGGCUUAAAGGACCAUGUUUUCUCUGAGGAGAAGCUGAAUAUUAAGCACCGUAAACCAGAAGUGGCUCUUUCUAUCAAUGUGGGCAUUUUCAGAUAGCACCAGGAGAUGAUUUGCUGACCAGACCAUACUACAGUUGUACUAAAUGGGCAUGGAGUACCUCAACUGGACCAGCAAAUGGGUCUUCCCAAAGUGUCUUCAAGAAUCAAACUGGAUCUAGGCUUCAGGGUAACAGAUCUUCUUCUGAGCUUUCUUUCUUGGGGAAGUGCUUGAGUGUCCCUUUAUCAAUGUGGUACUUAUUUUAAGGCCAGGCAAAUGCACUUUAUCCAUGAAAAAAAUUAUUAAUGUAUUGUAUAACCUUUUGGUGACUGUUUUGUAAUCACCUUAAAUGCACUUGUUUGGUUGAAUGCUUGUCUUGCACCAUCACUGCAGAGUUUGCUGGUGUUUUUUUAAAUGCAGUUAUAAACAUAUCUUUUUAGAAUUUUUUUUUCAUCCUUGAUCUCUGGAGUGACUCAUGAUAACAGAAUUGGCUUUUGCCUCUUUGUAUAUAAAUUGAAGUCUGUAGUAGCUUCAAGGCAGAUGUCAGGAAUGAAGGAAAUGUGGAAGUCUCUGGACAAAGUGUAAAAAAAUUUGCUCAUAAAAGAGCAAGUUCAGAAUCUGUCGAGCUGUAAAACCUGAAGACCUUUUGCAAUAUGGACCACCAAUGCAGUAAUCUUGGAUUUUAUGAUUGCUAGGACUUUAUUUUUUCAUGGCCAUAAACUCUACUAACAAACAAAACAGAUGGGAAAAAAUAGUGGAUCUGAUGUUCGGUCCUAAGUGGGUUUUACUGUAGUCAGGAAACAGGCUUGUAUUUAUUUUCAGUACUGUUAUUCAGAGAACUUUCCCUCAUUUCUUAUCUUUUCAAUUGUCCUGAUAUUCUUUGCUCCAUUUCAGAAAGAGUUUCUCUUGGUGGCCCCAAAGCUGCUGUGCAUCCUCUAGCAGAAGGAGAUGCAUGCAGCUGACUGCCAGCUGAACUCAGUAGCAAAUGUUCUGAAGUAAAAUGUUUACUGAAUGCUUGUGAGAUUGGAUCUCAAGACUGAAAACAUGUUUAAGUAGCUGAUGAGAGAUCAUAUUUUUCUUGCUCCUGAGGUUGGGGAUCUGGGUUUACUACAAGUUUGUUGCAGCAUCUUUAUUGAAACUUUUCUAACACUUCAGAUGCUUGCACUCUGUUUCCCCGCUGCACAGGACUGACUCUUCAUAACUUUGGAUGGUUCAAGAAGUUCCUUUGAGCAUAGCUAGUACUGACCCGUUACCCCACAUUCUUAAUGGGGGCAAUUGUUUAUAAUCAAGUUCUAAACAUGUUUGGAAUUAUAAAGUGAAAAUGGAAGGGUGGAAGAGAGCACAGCAGCAUUGCUGUGCAGCUGUCACAUGCUGGUGGCACCUGACAUGUUUGCCUUGCACAGCUGGGGGCCUGUGUCCAUAGGUGACCAUCUGAAGCACAGUCUUGCUGAGCUGCACAAAUUGCUGGAAAGCUGGUCUGAAAUGAGCAGAGGAACAGUUCAAAAGCAGUUUUUGAGCAUAGCCUGAAGUAUCCUGAGUGAAAUCUGUGGUCAUAAAAAGUAGAAGUCACCUUAGAGGGCUACUACAAACGUUUAACCUGUUUUAGUUACGUGUAGAAGAUACCAGUACUGCAGUCUCUUAAAAUUUUGGCUACAGUGAGAAGCUUCUCAUCUGCCUUUCAUAGGUUAACAAUAUUCUGGUAUUUGACAUCUUCAAGAAAAGAACUGACACUCUUCUGCUAUCAGCAAAAUAAAAAAGAAAGUGGAAAGCCACUUGAAGCAUCUGAUUAGCAUUCAUUUUGUUGCAUAGCUUUAAAAUUCAGCAGGUCUUCUGUGCUUUCUUAGACUGAUUCAUUCAAAAAGGGGGAUAUUUUGAUUUCCCCACUGUUUUGGCUGUUAGUAGGCUUUGCUCGAACCUUAAAAUCUAGUUUUCUGGAUAGAUUCUCUGACUGCAGUGAGGGCAGCCAGUUGCUUUCCCUGUCUUAUUUUGUCUUCUUCCAUAUCAACAAGUGUUCUUUCCAGCCAGGGUUGACAGAAAUGAUGGAAUGUACCAAUUACUAAGGUAAGCACAAAAGGUUUGUGUUUGCAGGUUGUUCCACUGUGUUGCAUUUACUUUGCUGUCACUUUAAUUCCUCCAGUUCCCUGCUGGACAGCUGUGCUGAGUUCAGCCUUCCCACCUACCUUUAAUAAUUCUUGUGUCUUACUGAAAACACCAAGAUUGGAAAAAUAUAAGUAUGGAUGAUGAGUGCUAGUGUGGAGAUUUUAGUAUGUGCCUUUGUUAAAGUGUAAUGUAGCAGCACUUGCACUGAACCAAUCUUGUUUAACUUCUAAUGUUGGCUCAAAAUACAUAUUUUUCUUAGAACUAUUGUGGGUCAUUCUACAAGGAGAGAGUUCAUUAGAAAUGGGGGUGGGGAGAGGGAACACUUUUUCUAAAUGGAGUCUUUGUGAUUCCUCAGUUUAUGAUGGUUAUAUUCCAAAG